UAUGUGCCGCCGCCGCCGCCGCCGCCGCCUCCUCCUCUGCCGCCCGCGGGACGUGGGGCGGCCGAGCGGCAGGGGCCGGCGGCGCCUCCCCUACACCUCCUCGCCAUGAACCUGCACCAGGUGCUGACGGGGGCGGUGAACCCCGGGGACAACUGCUUCUCCGUGGGGAGCCUGCAUGACCAGCCCUUCACGGCGUAUGCAUCAGGAUGUGAUAUUGUGGUAUUGGGGACUGACUUUGAAAGAUUACAGAUAAUUCCUGGAGCAAAACAUGGAAACAUUCAGGUGGGAUGUGUGGACUGUUCAAUGCAACAGGGGAAGAUUGCAGCUUCUUACGGAAAUGUGAUUUGUAUCUUUGAGCCCGUUAGCCUUUUGAAGCAGAACAGCAGUCAUCAUAAUACAUUACAUUAUCAGUGGCAGAAGAACGCUCAAAUCUUACUGGAAGCCAUAGCACAUAAUCUAACGUGGGAUCCCACAGGUACUCGCCUUUUGACUGGUUCCAGUUGUCUUCAGCUUUGGUCCAAUGCUCCUUUGGAAAACCCUUCUGACAAUGACAAUACUGAAAGAACAGAUGUUGGACUUGGAGAAUGGAAAUGUAUCUGGCAAUGCAAAACUGCUUCUCAAGUUUCAUUAAUGAAAUUCUCGCCAGAUGGGGAGUUUUUUGCUACUGCUGGAAAGGAUGAUUGUCUUGUGAAAGUAUGGUACAACACAGACAGCUGGCGGUCAGCCGUAGCACCACCCGGCACAAGUUCAGAAAAACAAGCAAAAGAAGUUGAUUUUUCAUUUGUUUAUUUGGCUCAUCCUCGAUCCGUAAAUGCAUUUUCAUGGAGGAAGACCAGUAAAUUCAUGCCACGUGGUGCUGUCUGCAAUGUACUCCUGACUUGCUGUAAGGAUAAUGUUUGUCGUCUCUGGGCAGAGACUUUAUUACCCAAUGACAGUCUGUUGUAUGGUGGUGGAUACAACAAUGGGAACGAAGCAGUGAACUUCACAAAUAACUUCAAGAGAAAUACUUCAAGUAAGGAAAAAGUGCAGAAUGCUUUAGAGUUAAACCUGAGGCACUUCCGACGAGGAAGGAGGAGGUCGGCUGCUGUUGUAGCACAUACUGGAUAUGCUCCACAUCAGCAAGAUCCCCACGAAGCUCACAGGAACAUCCCUCCUCAUGCGAAUGCACUUUGUCACUUCCAUAUUGCUGCCAGUAUCAAUCCAGCCACAGAUAUUCCUCUACUCCCUUCUAUCACAUCUCUAAGUCUUGGGGAAAAUGAAGAAAAAAGUGGACCUUUUGUUGUGCACUGGCUAAACAAUAAAGAACUUCAUUUUACCUUAUCCAUGGAAGUAUUUUUGCAACAACUUAAGAAGAGUUUUGAACAUCAUUCGCCUGAGACUAACACUGAGGAAUCUAAUCAAAUGGAUGGCAGAUCAGAAGAAGAAGUUGAUGAAAAUGGAGAUGAACAUAAAGGGAACCAAGAAAAGAAGGAACUGGGUGAUGAGAAAACUACUCCGAAUUUCAGCAUUGUUCCUUUAUCUUCUGCUAUUAUUGAUCAUGAAAUUGAAGUACUACUUUCUGAAUGGAGUAAAAAUGCUGACAUGCUAUUCAGUAUACAUCCUAUGGAUGGUUCACUGCUGGUAUGGCAUGUAGACUGGCUAGAUGAAUACCAGCCUGGCAUGUUUCGCCAGGUGCAGGUGUCAUUUGUCUCAAGAAUUCCUGUUGCAUUUCCAACGGGUGAUGCAAACUCUCUUUGCAGAAGUAUAGUGAUGUAUGCUUGUACCAAAAAUGUUGACUUAGCUAUUCAACAAGGCAAACAAAAGCCUCCUGGCCUUACACGAUCUUCAUCUAUGCUUAUCUCCUCUGGACAUAGUAAAUCAACCAACAGUUUAAAACUAAGUAUCUUCACACCCAAUGUUAUGAUGAUUUCCAAACAUGCGGAUGGGUCAUUGAACCAGUGGCUAGUGAGUUUUGCUGAGGAAUCUGCUUUUUCAACUGUACUUAGUAUUUCACAUAAAUCCCGAUAUUGUGGUCACCGUUUUCAUCUUAAUGACUUGGCUUGCCACUCGGUAUUACCACUGCUGCUUACAACCUCACAUCACAAUGCUCUGAUUUCACCAGAUGUUGAGAGUGCAAAACAAGCAAAUGAUUCUUUAAAGUCUCAGGAGUCACCAGUAAGACUUCAGAGUAGAGGCAAUGCAGAUGUAACAUCCCAGGAUCCCAAUGCGGUUUACAGUGAACUUAUUCUUUGGAGAGUUGACCCUGUUGGGCCUUUGUCCUUUUCUGGUGGAGUUUCUGAACUUGCUCGGAUCAAUUCUCUCCAUGUUUCAGCUUUUUCUAAUGUUGCAUGGCUGCCCACACUUAUACCCAGCUACUGCCUUGGUGCAUACUGUAAUUCUCCAAGUGCCUGCUUUGUGGCUAGUGAUGGACAGCAUUUGAGAUUAUAUCAAGCUGUAAUAGAUGCUAAGAAACUUUUGUGUGAGCUCUCCAAUCCACAAAUUUCUAAAUACGUCGGUGAAGUUUUUAACAUCAUAAGUCAGCAAUCUACGGCUCGCCCAGGGUGUAUCAUUGAACUGGAUGCUAUCACAGAGCUUCAUGGCAGAAAAACACAGUUAUUCCACGUUUUUCAAGAAGACUUCAUUUUAAAUACCCAGGAGAAGGAAAUUCCUGAAAAGAAGAACAAUUUAUCAGAAUCUGGAAACCAGCAGAACGGAUUCUCUGAAAAAUUCUACUUAAUAGUAAUAGAGUAUACUCAAACCCAUUCAUUACUCCAUAUGUGGCAUUUACAUUUGAAGUCAAUUCCCGUCUCAGUAGAUGAAAGGAUGGAUUCAAAUACACCUGAAGCAGCAGCACAAACGGAAGAAUUGUAUUCUUCACCAGAUCCAGAAAAGAUCCAGUCACCAUUCACUCAAAAGUAUCAGGCCUGUAGAGCAAACCUUCAGAGCACCAGCUGGCUUACUCUGUCUUCCAAAAUGGUGUAUAGUCAGGAGUUGAAUUUGCCUGAAGGAGUGGAGAUAAUAAGUGUAAAGCCGUCAGCAGGACAUCUGAGUAGUUCUUCCAUAUAUCCUGUUUGUCGUGCACCAUAUCUGCUGGCUACUUCAUGCUCUGAUGGAAAAGUUCGAUUUUGGAGAUGCAGAGUUACCACUGAAUCAUCAGCUUCUUCCAUUCCAGAAUGUAGCGCACAUAGCGAUGUGACAUAUGUGUGGGAAGAAUGGCCAUUACUGAUUGAGGAUGGACUUCUUAGUAGUAGUGCUAUUAGUGUUCCAGGAAGGCCAACUGAAGUUAGCUGUGCACACACGAACAGAUUAGCAGUAGCAUACAAGCAGGUAACAUCUAAAAAUAGUCAUCUUUCUCAAGAUUUUAUAAUGCAUGUUAGUAUUUUUGAAUGUGAAUCUACAGGGGGUUCUUCUUGGAUUCUAGAACAAACUCUUCACUUAGAUGAGGUAGGCACCAUGCUAGACUCUGGUGUUAGUAUUGAUAGUAAUUUAGUGGCAUAUAACCAGCAAGACAUUUCUCUGUCUCAUGGUGGGAAUAUUAUGCCUAGCACUAAGCACUUGGUACACUUAGAUUGGAUGUCGAGGGAAGAUGGUUCACAUAUUCUAACAGUAGGAAUUGGAUCAAAACUUUAUAUGUUUGGUCAGCUUUCUGGGAAACUGCAAGAACAAAAUGGUAAGGAGAUUGUUGCAGUCUCCCAUAGUGGCAGUACGAAGGCUACAACCCUUUCUAGGUUUGUUCUGCUGCGUUCUGUCGACUUGGUUUCAUCUGUAGAGGGGUCACCUCCUUUUCCAGUCUCCUUGUCUUGGGUGCGUGAUGGCAUUCUUGUAGUUGGAAUGGAUUGUGAAAUGCAUGUUUAUUCCCAGUGGCAAUCUCCUUCCAAGCAGGAUCUAGUUAGUACAGAUUCCUACAGUGGAAGUAUGCCAUGUAUAACUAGCUUAAUGAAACAAAGCCAGUCAUCUGCCUCAGGUCUGCAUCCACCAAAGCGAACCUUGACCAGAUCUAUGACCAGCCUUGCACAGAAACUUAGUGGGAAAAGAUCAGCCUGUGAUCUGUCUACGGAAAUGGAAGAUUCUGGUCUCUUUGAAGCAGCUCAUACAUUAUCUCCCACUUUACCUCAGUACCAUCCAUAUCAACUGUUGGAACUCAUGGAUCUUGGUAAAGUACGUAGAGCAAAAGCCAUUCUGUCACAUCUGGUGAAGUGCAUUGCUGGAGAAGUUGUUGCUAUAAAUGAAACUGAACCUAAUCAUGAUAAAAGGCUCAGAUCUCUGACCAUCAGUGCUAGUGGAAGUACUGCAAGAGAUCCCAAAACAUUCAGCAAAACUGAGUCUGCAGACUAUAUUGAAAUAGACUCUGUUCCACCAUUGCCCUUAUAUGCUCUGCUUGCUGCGGAUGAGGAUUCAUCUCAUUCCUGUUCAGAGAAGUCUAAUAAUCAAAAUAGUCAAAAUAAAAAAGAUGUGCCCAAUGACAAUUAUGAAGAUCUCUUUCAAAAUACUGUUAUAAGUACAGAUGAACUUGUUACAUUUGAUGCAGAUGAAGACAGUUUGAAACCGAAAGUCAUCGAUCUUUCUCAAUAUAGCCCAACUUACUUUGGACCAGAGCAUGCUCAGGUUCUUUCUCGUCACUUGCUUCAUUCAAGCUUGCCAGGUCUGACUAGGAUGGAGCAAAUGUCAUUGAUGGCCUUGGCAGAUACAAUUGCUACAACCAGUACAGACAUUGGAGAAAGCAGAGACAGAAAUCAGGGUGGAGAAACUCUUGAUGAGUGUGGUUUAAAAUUUUUAUUGGCUGUUCGGCUUCACACAUUUCUAACAACUUCACUUCCUCCUGUACAUCGAGCUCAACUGCUUCACCAAGGCUUAUCUACUAGUCAUUUUGCCUGGGCAUUUCAUUCAGUAGCAGAAGAAGAACUACUGAGCAUGCUCCCUGCAGUGCAGAAAGGAGAUCCAACAUGGUCAGAACUCAGAGCUAUGGGUAUAGGAUGGUGGGUUCGAAAUAUCCAUAGCCUGCGGAAAUGUAUAGAAAAGGUGGCUAAAGCAGCCUUUCAGCGAAACAAUGAUCCACUUGAUGCAGCCAUUUUUUACCUUGCAAUGAAAAAGAAGGCUGUGAUCUGGGGAUUAUACAGGUCCCAAAAAGAUACUAAAAUGACACAGUUUUUUGGAAACAACUUCACUGAAGACAGAUGGCGUAAAGCAGCAUUAAAGAAUGCUUUUUCUUUGCUUGGCAAACAGCGUUUUGAACAUUCUGCAGCAUUUUUCUUGUUGGCAGGACACUUAAAAGAUGCAGUGGAGGUCUGCCUUGAAAAACUGAAUGACAUUCAAUUGGCUCUUGUAAUAUCAAGACUUUAUGAGUCAGAGUUUGAAGUAUCUAGUACCUAUAAAUCUAUACUACAGAAGAGAAUUUUAGGAAGUGCAUUUCCUGGAAAAGAGAGCUCAGGAAACAUGCACUGUGACACUUUUCUGCGAAGUAUGGCUUACUGGAUUUUGGAAGAUUAUAGCAAGGCUCUUGACACUUUGAUUAAACAUUCUGUUGAAGAUGAAGGAGAUGAACGAGAUGGCUCAUCAAGUUGUAACCCUGCAGUGUUUAACUUCUAUAACUACUUAAGAACACAUCCUCUCUUGCUGAGACGUCAUUUUGGCUCUUCUGAUACAUCUUCCACACACAUUUGCCUAACAGUAGAAAAUGGACUAGCUGACAAAAUCAACCUAAGUGAAAGACGGCUGUUUUUCACCACUGCAUAUGCCCAUCUAAAAGCUGGUUGUCCUAUGUUGGCCUUAGAAGUGUUAUCAAAGAUGCCCAAAGUUGUCAAGAGGUCGAAGUCAUUCUGUAGAUCCUCUAGUUUAAUGGAUACUAGUAAAGAUUUCUCACCAUCUUCUCCAGUUAAAGAACUGGAAACAAAAGACCAGUCUUCCAGUGUUGAUUGGUCACAGCCAGUAUUGAAUGGUCUAGGAUCAUCUUCAGACUGUUCAUCAGGAAAACAUUCAAGUUCAACUCUUUCCUUUGACUGGAGCCAGCCAAGUGUGGUAUUCCAAGAUGAACAAUUGAAACUACAGUCAGACAGUGAUCAAAGUGAUGAGAAUGAAGAUUCUUCCCUGGUAAUGAAAGACCUAAAACCUCUGAAGAAAACUGAAAAAUUAUAUGAAACAAGUUCUAGCUACACAGAAUCUUUUAGUAUAGUUGAUGACAAAAGUAUUCUAAGUCCAUCAGAAGAUAUAAUUUCAGCACAGCUGAAGUUUAGAGCAUGCCUGAAAAUUCUUACUGUAGAGCUUCGUACGCUGUCCACUGGUUAUGAGGUAGAUGGUGGGAAGCUGAGGUAUCAGCUUUAUCAGUGGCUUGAAAGAGAAGUGGUAGCUCUUCAAAAGACCUGUGAUUAUAGUGUUGAAGUAGAAGAGAUACAGUCAGGAAUUAGUGUGAUGCCAGAGGAAGCUACAUUACAUGAAAACCCUGAAGAUUUAGCUGACCAGCAAAAAAAUAUGCUACAGAAAGAAGAUUUUCAGAAAAGACGCCAAUGGCUUCUGAAAUACCAGUCACUCCUAAGAAUGUUCCUUAGUUACUGUAUACUUCAUGGCUCUCAUGGAGGAGGUUUGGCAUCUGUCAGAAUGGAAUUAAUUCUGCUAUUGCAAGAAUCUCAGCAGGAACAGUCAAUACGGGUACCUUCCAGCCCUCUACCAGAGCAAAGCUCCGUACCUCUCCUAUUUGCUUGCACCGCUAGUGCCAAAACAGUGGUGGCUAAUCCAUUGCUACAUCUUGGUAACUUAACUCAUGAUAUAUUACAUGCCAUAAUAAACCUCGAUUCCCCACCUCAUCCAGAUACUCAGAACAACAAGAUAUAUGUAAUGCAUACCUUAGCAGCGUCACUCUCUGCUUGCAUCUACCAAUGUCUUUGUGAUGGCCACAGCUACAGCUCGUUUCAAGCAAAUCAGUUCACUGGAACAGUGUAUCAGACAGUGCUAUUAACUCAGCGCCAUUCUCUAAGAACAACAAGCUUAGAAGAAACAGUGACUCCCAAUACAUCACCUGCUCAGUGGCCAGGAAUAACAGCUCUAAUACGUCUCUUGAAUUCUGCUGGUGAGGAAGCGCAGCCAAGUCUCACAGUUUUACUUUGUGAAAUUCUAACUGCAGUCUACCUGAGUCUGUUCAUCCAUGGCCUAGCAACACAUUCUAGCAAUGAAUUGUACAGAAUUAUGGCUCAUCCACUUAACAACAAAAUGUGGUCUGCUAUCUUUGGAGGAGGAGCUCAUACACCCAGUGGCGAACAACUGCAAUUAAAGACAAAAACUGGUGGGCACUUCCCAAUGCCUAGCCCACAUCAGGUAGUAGUGUUCUCCAUGGAAUGUGUGGGGUUUUCCAAAUCCCUUACGGCCUUCAGUACUCAUAGUCCUACCAAAUCUUCAGAUGACGGAGAGAAACAGCAAAAACGUUACAGGCUUUCAUCAAAAACCUCUUCAAAAGAGAGUUCUCAGUCACCUGCAUUGCCAUUGGUAGACCAAGAAUCUCCAUCUUACAAGGAAAGAUUUAUUCCUCCUGAGCUUAGCAUCUGGGAUUAUUUCAUUGCAAAGCCUUUUCUUCCAUCACAAAGUAAAGCAGAAUAUGAUUCCGAAGAAAGUCAGGAAAGUGGUGAAGAUGAUGAAGAUUUUGAUGGAGAUGUGUUUGCAUCAAAUUCACAAAAUCAAGAGCAUUCUAAUGCAAAUUCAUACAGUUGGUCACUGAUGAGAUUGGCAAUGGUUCAGCUGGUACUUCACAAUUUGAAGAUAUUCUACCCUUUGGCUGGACAUGAUCUUUCAGAGCUUCCCGUUAGCUCCCCAAUCUGCCAUGCAGUUUUGAAAACACUACAGCGCUGGGAACAAGUUCUUCUCCGACGUCUUGAGCUAUAUGGGGGUCCACCUCAACAUUAUAUUUCAGUUCAUGCUUCUGAAGAUGCCCAAGCUGCUGGUCCUGCAUUGCUUCGCCAUAAAACUUUACUUGAGCCUACAAACACUCCAUUCAGAUCGAACAGUCAUGUUGCACUGUCUGUGAAGAGGCUCUGGCAGUACUUGGUUAAACAGGAAGAAAUCCAGGAAACCUUUAUCAGAAAUAUCUUUACAAAGAAGCGAUGCCUAAAUGAGUCAUUAGAGGAGCACAAUGAAACCAUGAAAAAUUCUGUGGUCGAGGAGCCCAUCGUCAAUAAGAUAGAAACAGAUUCGGGAUACCCAGGAGGCAAGGCAAGAAUAAUCCAUAAAGAGUCUGACAUCAUUACUGCUUUUGCAGUCAAUAAAGCAAAUCGAAACUGCAUUGCAAUAGCAUCGAGUCAUGACAUUCAAGAAUUAGAUGUUUCUGCAAUUUUAGCUACACAAAUCUAUACCUGGCUUGAUGAUGAUGUGGAAAUAGAAAAUAAAGGAGCUGAUGAUUUCUUAGUUAUACAUGCUCGUGAUGAUCUGGUAAACGUUCAGGGAACCACUCCUUAUACUCACAGUAAUCCCGGCACACCUAUCAAUAUGCCUUGGCUUGGUAGUACGCAAACUGGCAGGGGUGCAUCUGUGGAAUAUGCCAAUAAAUUUAAUGGAAUCAGAAAGGAAUUGGCAGGAAAAGAGAUGCUCAAGAAGGCUAUUAAUAACGUCAGAAGAAUGGCUUCUCAUCCAACAUUACCAUAUUACCUGACAGGUGCUCAAGAUGGUAGUGUAAGAAUGUUUGAAUGGGGUCAUGCACAGCAAAUCACAUGUUUUCGGUCUGGUGGCAAUUCAAGGGUAACUCGAAUGAGAUUCAAUUAUCAAGGAAAUAAGUUUGGAAUUGUUGAUGCUGAUGGAUAUAUAAGUUUAUAUCAAACAAAUUGGAAAUGUUGCCCACUUACUGGAACUUCACCUAAACCAUAUUUGACUUGGCAGUGUCAUAACAAAACAGCCAAUGACUUUGUUUUCAUCAGUUCAUCAUCCUUGAUAGCCACAGCAGGAUUGUCUUCUGACAACAGAAAUAUUUGUCUUUGGGAUACCUUGGUUUCACCUGCAAAUAGCUUGGUACAUGCUUUUAUCUGUCACGACAGCGGAGCAACUGUGCUAGCAUAUGCUCCAAAACAUCAGCUGUUAAUAUCUGGAGGCAGAAAAGGCUUUACAUGCAUAAUUGAUCUUCGCCAAAAACAGCAGCAACAGUUACUCCAGAGUCAUGAUUCUCCAGUCAAAGCAAUUGCUGUUGAUCCUACAGAGGAGUAUUUUGUCACAGGAUCUGCUGAAGGCAACAUAAAGGUAUGGAGUCUGUCUACAUUUAAUCUUCUUCACACUUUCAUCAAUGAGCAUGCUCGACAGUCUCUCUUCAGAAAUAUUGGGACGGGAGUCAUGCAAAUUGAGACAGGACCAGCAAAUCACAUCUUCUCUUGUGGUGCUGAUGGAACAGUAAAGAUGAGAAUCUUACCCGAUAGAUUCAGCCCUUUAAAUGAUGUGUUAAAAAAUGAUGUGAAAUUUAUGAUCUAGUAUUUUUCUCAGAACAGUGUAUAACAUUCCCCUUCUGCCAUCCCUGAAAAGAUUUCUCCUGGAACUAGCCAACAAAGCAGAUACACAAUAAUAGCUUGUGCCACAAAGAUGCUUUUUGUUUCAUUUUUUUCCCUGUAUUUAUUACCUGGAGCUUUUAGUCCCUGAUGCACUGAUGCCUUAAAGAUUAAGAAGGUCCUUCAGAUUUUGAUCAUUGCCUAAAAUAAAAGCUAUAUGUGACUCCCAGUUAUAUACUUACAAUAUUAUUAAGAUGUUGCUGAAGAGGUUUACUCUUCCUUUUGAGGUAGUUACACUCCUACCUGGAGUGUUCCAUCUGGGCAUGGACUCUGCUUAUAUUCAGCCACUGGCCGCCUUGUAAAAGCAGGUCUGUCCAGAUGGAAACCUUAGAUAAUGUUACUCUCUCACUGUGGCAACCGUAACUGUCUCUCUUCUCAACUUCUUUAGUCAGCUGACAAUAAAAAUUUAUACCUAUAUGUAGAAGAGAAACAAAGCCUGUAUGAGUAGGUACUCCUGGCCAUGCAGGCAUUCAUGUAAUGAGCCACUCCCGGUCUCCAUUCCUGGAAUCCAGGCUGUUUACCUCUCUAACUUGCCUGAUCUUCUUCCUCUGAUCUAGGGUAUAAGAGACUGAAGGAUGCUCUGUAACUUGUCUUCUGUUCUAUAGCUUGAAUCCCUGCCAUCAGGAUGGCAGGCUUACCUUUUGAAAAGAAAUAUAUUUUUAACCCUGAACACUCCCUUUACAAAAAUAUGUAAAUAUUAAUGGAUAUCUUCCUAGUAACAUAGUCAAGAUUAUGUGUGAAGCUUUAGUCUUGGUCAAAAAGAUACAGGAAGAUACUGCUUUAGGUUAUGGCACUAGAAUUUCUUCAAAGAGUAUUUAUUUACAUGUCUGUAGAGGAAAAAAAAACUAAUUUAUUUUUACAUUUUUUCCAGUAAGACUUUUAUUUAGCCCAAAGACACUCAGAUCAUUCUUAGCACUUAGUUCUUGUUUGUCGUCUUUUCCUAAGUACUUUAAAAAAGGAAAAAAGUUCAACAGCAAAGUAACACUGUCAGUCUUGGUACGGUAUGUUUACAUCUGGUGUAAAAUGAAAAAAAAAAAAUUGAGAAGGAUAGAUGGAUUAUUAUUUUUUUUUGCCAAAAUAUUAAACAGCAUAACUUAAGUGUUUGACCAAAUUAUUAAUGCACAAAGCCUUUACAUUUGCUUUUUUUUAGUCAGCUAAAAACUGUUUCUGUAAGUAUUUUCAUUUACUUUUCCUGACUUGAGAGCUUGACAGAGGUUUAAUUUGUAAAUUAGAUGUGAGGCUGGAUUACUUGAAUGCCAAUGGUGUACUUUUUGCUAAAAGAUAUUUUGUGAAAUAUAGCACCAAGAUAUUAACUGUAAAAUAAACUUGUUAAAUUAGGAACUAUGGGGAUAAAUAAAGCAUAGCAGAAAUGAAGGGCUCGUAAAACGAACUUUGUAACAUUCUCAGGAUGCUUUUAUCUUAAGAAUAUAAAAUUGUUUAAAAAGAUUUUGUAAAAUGUAUUAAGGUCAUUUUAAAUGUAUGUUUCGCAAGUUGCAGUGCAAACACUAUGAAGGUUUUUAUGCACAGAACCUGAAUUUUCAAAUUGUGCAAUAAAAAGAAUGUGAAUAUUUUGCCAUGAAGAAACAUGUGACAGCAUUUCAAACUGGUACAGCUGUUCAGUGAUUCAAUUGUAAUUGUUCUUCCACAACACUUAAAGACUGAAAUCAAAAUUGAUAUCAAAACAGUUUAAGUACAGUGAUGGACCAGAAAAGUGACUGACUGAAAGUGACACCACCUUACAAAACAGACUUGCCCAAUGUGUAUGUCAGUGACUCAGUGACUGAGUUUCUAAUAUUCCUUGUUCUUAUGAAAGAAGGAAAACAGUGGAGUUAACAGUAGCACACUCCUUGAGAAUCAACUGAAACCCUGACUUUGUGUAGCUGCUUAUAUACAUGCAUUAGUUUUAUGUGCCCACUGAACUAACCAAGUUACAUUCAGAAAAGGAAAAUGUGCAAAAAUCAUUGCAAGAUUAUGUAAUGAUGUCGUUGGUGUUUUGUCCUUAAAUAUUUGUAUCUCAUUAGCUUUAAUAUUUCAAGAUCAGUUUAUUGUACUGGCAAUCACAAAAAAGCUGUCUUACCAUCUGCAAACGGAGCAGAUUUUGUAUGUAAUUUGCCAAGACAUACAACAUUGUCAUUUUUCUGAGUAGAGCUGCACUAUGAAUAAUCAUGGCAAACUUAUGCUUAUACCAGAAAAGUACUGACUGUGAGCAGGCAUUUUCAAUAAUGUUUAUAGUUAUCAUAAGCUACUCUCAAAACUAAAUUAUGUAAAAUCACAGUGUAUUUGCCACACCUUCAUAAUCUUUCCAAUAAAUCCUGCAGAAACUCAACCUUCUAGAAUUCCAUGUUGCUGCUACUUCACUUACAAAUCAGUUGUUUGCUUGUAUAAUGUUCAUUGAUGUUUAACAAUUAUUGUAAGUCAGAUUAUCAGUAGCUUGCUUGUAAUGGUGGAAUCAGAAUGAGUUCACUUCUGUUGUAUCUGAAACUUUUAAAGGGACACUCUCAACUUAAAAUUUAGUCAUUGGGGAAAAACUGAACUCAAAACUUUUGCAUCUGUUGCCUUUAACAACUUCCACCGACUUUUGUCCUUCAGCAAUUAAUGUUUUCUCCCUGUUGCUGUGCAAGUUAACUCAAACAGAAGGGUAAUAGCGGCUACACAGGGUUUUGGGCUUGAAGUAGCCAUCUGCACAAAUUGAACUUAAAAUUUGCAUUUACGGGUGCCUAAUCAAUGAUAACUCCAUGUCCAGACAAAACUACUUAGCUUGUAGUUGACAAUGUCCCUUUUAAAUAUCAUAGACUAGCAGCUGUGACUUGUGUUUGUCUAUGUAGCAAUACAUAAUGCAAUCGGAGUGUGUCAUUCUUGUGUUGCUCAUUGAUUCAGUUACCUCAAACAGAUCCGUGAUCCAAGUUUUUUGCUAUUACUUUAGUAACUUGUGAGAGUUAAAACUCUGGCCAUCUGGGUACUUAAACUGGCCUGCUCUGUGACUUUUAACCAGAAAAUUCUCAGCUGACAGCUGAUAUUGCAGGAUGUUGGUGGAGAAGGAUGGAGAGUGGAGUAGAUGUCAGAUUUUGUACCAUGCUGCUGUGGCACAAGGUGAGCUUACACAUGUUUUACUGCAUUUUAGGAACCUUGCUACCAGUUACAGGAAAUAAACUGUUGAGAGGUCGUGCAUUAGGUACCACUCCCUUCCUCUUAAGAGCUCCCCGUGUUAGUUUAGUUGCAAUAGGUAUGAAAAAAGCAACAGUGAUUAAAAGGAAAUAAGCUUGGAGACAGUAUGUUCUCCAAGGUAAUUUUUUCAGAUGUUUAUUUUUACUAAAAAUAGGAAAACCACCUCUAAUGGCAGGGUCAGCACACUGAUCAAACUACUUUCUAUAAAAUAAAGAUAUUGAUUUACCAAG